AUGUAUUCUAAAGUGAGUAUUAUAUUAGCAGUUGUAGCUGUCGCCCAAGCUGGUCUUUUGGAUUACGAACAUGCAAAUUCGUAUUCCUCUGUGAAUCUUGGUGCAUCACAUGGAUACGCUGCUCCAGUUCUAGCACACGCUCCAGUCGUGGCACACGCUCCAGUUCUUGCACACUCUACUCACGAAAAUGUCGAUUACUAUGCUCAUCCAAAAUAUGAAUUCAAUUAUGGAGUGCAAGACGGACAUACUGGUGACCACAAAACUCAACAUGAAGUACGUGAUGGUGACGUAGUCAAAGGUUCUUACACUGUUGCUGAACCUGAUGGUACUCUUCGUACUGUCCACUACACUGCCGAUGACCACAAUGGUUUUAACGCUGUAGUAGAAAAAUCUGGACACCCAGUACAUCCAGCUCCCGCUUAUGGAAAAGUACUUUUGGCUGCUCCUGCUGUGCAUAAUGCUCCCUUAUAUCAUCAUUGAGACCGUUGAAAUAUCGAUUG